UCCGCUCUGGGUUACGUAACACGUAUCUGUUUGUAGAUCGAAACGUCCUCGGCAGGAUCCGACGACAGCGAUCAUGGAGGCGUCGACGGCCACCGCUCCCGUCGCGAACGCGCCUGUUACUAACGAGGGCAUAUUAAUAGGCGAUAAAGUGUAUUCAGAAGUCUUCCUCACCAUCGAUAACUCUUUAAUUCCGGAGGAGAGUCUCUCCCCGACCCCGUCGAUGCAGGACGGGCUCGACCUGUGUACCGAGACAGACCUGCGGAUCCUGGGCUGCGAGCUCAUCCAGUCCGCCGGGAUCCUGCUGCGACUGCCGCAGGUGGCCAUGGCGACCGGACAAGUGCUUUUUCAUCGAUUCUUCUACUCGAAGUCUUUCGUGAAACACAGUUUUGAGAUUGUUGCCAUGGCCUGUGUUAACUUGGCUUCAAAGAUCGAAGAAGCCCCUCGACGAAUUCGGGACGUCAUCAACGUGUUUCAUCAUUUAAGGCAGCUCCGAGGCAAAAGGAGUCCAAGUCCAUUGAUACUUGAUCAGAACUACAUUAACACCAAAAACCAGGUGAUAAAAGCUGAACGGCGUGUGCUGAAGGAGCUGGGCUUCUGCGUCCACGUCAAACACCCACACAAGAUUAUCGUCAUGUACCUGCAAGUCCUUGAAUGUGAGAAGAACCAGACGUUGGUCCAGACAGCCUGGGUAGUCCAUGAUGGUAAGUGUCAUAAAGAACCUCUGAACUCUGCUCCUCCAACCACAUGACCUCAGGAAUCUCCCCCCAUUGGCUGCCCUUCUCGAGACAGCCAAUCCAGUGAGAGCUCUCUGCCCGAGAAUCACUGAAGGGGGCCUUUUCCAGCUGCCAGCAGCAUCUUGUUUUCUUGCGGUUGUCCAAAAGGAUUUGUAUUUUUGUUUUUGCUUCAAGUCUCAAGAUCUCUCUCUCUCUCUCUCUCUCUUUUUUUUAAUUAUCUGUUUUUUAAAAGGUGGUUUUACUUUUAACUUUUAAAAGGAAGUUUUAAAGCAUGAAUAUUCGAUUCAUUAUUAAACCUCAACUACCAGAUUUAGGUGGUGUAAGUAGUCUUGGAUUUUGCUUUCUAAAUGUACUCAUUUAAAGGGUAAAUCACCAAAAAUGAAAAUUGUUCACCAUACCUUCUCAAACCUAUAUGAUUUCUUACAUUGUAGAAUAGCAAUGGAAAAAAGCUCAAAUUGCUGAUUAUCAAAAAUGGAAAGCACAGUGUCCAGAUCAAAGGUUCUCAUUAUAAUGUCUUCAGAACUAAAAAUGUAAGAUAAAUCCCAUCCUCUGGUCUCAUUUGUGAAACUGCACAUUGGUCCCAUCUUAUUUUUGUUUUUGAUAGUAUACUAACGUGCAACCAAAGGGUAUAACAACUUCACAUUCAGAUGUAUCGUAUUACAUGAAGACGUCUUCAAUAUUCAUUUUGGCCUCUUGACCAUAUGCAUCCAUUAAAUGGAGGAUCUUAUAUCAUGAUCUUGUCAAAUACUUCUUCUUUUUUGGUGUUCCACUGAGGAAAGUUUAGGUUUAAAAUGACAUAUUGGUGAAUAAAUUACCAUUUUCAUUUUUGGUGAACCAGUCCUUUAAAUAUGCAAUUGAUAUUAAUAAUUUGGUGCGAGGCAUUGUCUUAUGGGAACUCUCGGCUGUUUAGGUCUAUGCUUGAAUGACUUGUUUGAAGCUCAGCUUUUUCAUGUAAAUCCAAUGUUUUAAGACCUGUAGCAUAAACACUUUAGUAUUUCUGUUACAGCACACGUCAGUGUAGGAUUUUCCAUACUGACACAGAGCCUUUCAGGUCCACAGUGUCCAUCUGCCUGUUUGCUUUUCUUUAGAGAGCUUUGCAUCCAUAUCUGGCCAUCAUCCAGAAAUGAGAGAUUGUGUCUUGUCUGCAAAUCUCCAUUUAGCCGUCUAGUCUGAGAUGUAUAUUUUUUCAUUCCCAGAGCAGCUGCUCUCAGUCCCGCUUUGACUCCUGGUCACCAUGCAUGCUGUUUAGUGUUGUGAGUGUCAUGCAAUGCUACACCCCCAUUCUCUCCUUUUUGUACUCUCAUCUGCUUAUUUUAUGGAAAGUUAAGCUGUUGUUUCAGAAGUUUUGAAGAAAUUAAGUUGUGGUCAUUUGUUGCAUGCAAACUAGUGGAACCAGUUAUAUUUUUGCAAACCUCUAUCCAGUGAGCUUGUCUGUGUGCACAUGUGCACUGGACAUG